GCCAAAAUCCAACCCUGUUGGCGUAUUUUAGCAUAUUAGACGUAGUGUUUCGCUAAUGUUAGAUUAGGAAUGUGUGUAUGUGCGUAUUUGUCGUGUCCGACUUCAUUUAACGUUGCUGGUGGUUUUUUCACAUUAGCCCACAUAACUGUGGAUGUGUUGGAAGAGUCGAGCCGGUCCAGACUCUUGUGUAGCGACGUAUUCGGAUGAUUUUGGUCGGAAAUGGCACUUCGGGUGAUUUUACAGGGCUGAGUAUUUAAUCCUACACUUAGCAGCGGCGUGUACAAACUGAUUAUCGCCUGUGCUCGAAUGGUGUGCAUAUAAACUGGCCAUCAAACGAUCGCAGGGGGUUUUAAACCAGGGAGAAAACAGCCGGUUUGCACACGGAUGAACCGACCGCUCCUGGACGUUAAUGGGAGACACUGCGGUCCCUGCGCUCCGCUGAUACACAGUCUCACUUCUUUGAGGGGUGGUGGUUCUGAGGCUGUUAGGGGCAAAGGGUGAAACAUGAACCCCGGUAGUAUUCGUUAUAUCGGCAGUGAACUGAGUUUUGGGCGUGUUAUGAGUGCACACAGGCCUGGUAUUGACCACCGAUACUGAACUGAACUUUUCCGAGACCCAAAGUUGUCAGGCAGCGCAUCUUACACGCAUGCGCAUCCCUCUUCUAUCCAGCUCUAAAUAAGAGUUAAAACAGAAACGAGAUUGUCCUUAGCUGGCUGCAUCCAGUCACAAUGCUACGGCUAGCCGUGUAGCUAUCCUCCGUUCAGCUGGACGGAGUGGAGCUAGCUGACUGUUAGCUUCAUGUCAGCGCUAGCUAGCAACCUGGGCUGACAUUCCGUGACAAGGGGAAAGUGAAGAAAAUACCCAGAGUGAAGGAAAACACAAAGUUAGGGGAUAUUAGAGGAGUGGGAAUGACUGACACUCCACCCAGUGAUGGCCCCUCCCAGGGAGCGGACUUUGACAUGAUGGCUGCUCUGGACUGGAAGGAUGGUAUCGCCACGCUGCCAGGCAGCGACAUCAGGUUCCGCAUGACAGAGUUUGGGACUCUUGAGAUUGUCACAGACCUAGAGGUCAAAGGCCAGGAGGCAGAGCCUAACCGUGAGACCUUGGACCCAGCUCAAUCUCACACUCCCACCCCUCCUCCAGAGGGCCAGUCACAGACCGGCAUAGCCAAAGCUCCAGCCAAUCAGAGCCAGCCAGGAUCUUCUCAUGGUAAAGCUCCUGGUCCUGUACCACUCUCCUUAGAAGAGGGCCCCAGCGUGGAAGUUGGUCCCAGUGUUGAAGUUGGCUCUAGUGCCGACAUGGGGCCAAAUGGGGAGCCGUCAAGGUGCCGUGCCUGUGGUGGCCGUGUUUCCCAGGAUGCCCUCUUUCAGGGCAAAUUCUGUAGCUCCAUUUGUGCACAGCCCUCCAGUGGCAGAUCGUCUCCAGGGGAAGCACGGGAGAGUCAGGCAGUUGAAGGGGAGAGGCUUGGUAAACGUGUGCGCAAAAAGAGGAAGAUCUACAUGGAUUCUGGUGACGAAGAGGAAGACAACCAAGAGGAACCAGAGGAAAAGGCCAAGACUACCAAAGGCAGGAGAGGUGCCAAAAUUGCUAAACUGGUGACUGCCCCUCCCAAUAAGAAGCGUGCAUGGAGUUGGCCUGCUUACCUUGAAGAGGAGAGGGCCAUUGCUGCUCCUGUUAAACUAUUCAAAGAGCAUCAGUCGUUUCCCCAAAGCAGGAAUAGUUUUAAGGUGGGGAUGAAGCUGGAAGGACUGGACCCAUCUCAUCCGUCUCUGUUCUGUGUGCUCACUGUCGCAGAGAUCCAGGGUUACAGAGUAAGGCUUCAUUUUGAUGGUUACCCAGAAUGCUAUGACUUCUGGGCCAACGCUGACUCGUGGGAUUUGAAACCAGCUGGCUGGUGUGAGAAGAACGGACACAAGUUAUUGUUGCCUAAAGGUUGUAAGGAUGGAGAGUUUAACUGGAGCAUGUAUGUGAAGAACUGUAGGGGUCAACUGGCCCCAAAACACCUUUUCAAAAGCCUCAACACAUCUGUGACUCCGUCUGGAUUUAGAGCAGGGAUGAAGCUGGAGGCGGUCGACAGGAAGAACCCUUCAUUGAUCUGUGUAGCAACCAUUGCUGCUGUUGUCGAUAACCGCCUGCUCAUUCACUUUGACAAUUGGGAUGACACAUAUGAUUACUGGUGUGAUGCCAGCAGUCCAUACAUUCAUCCUGUGGGGUACUGUGAAGAGGCUGAGCUAACUCUGACCACUCCAGCUGGUAAGACACAGACCAAGACACAUGUGGAAUAUAAGCAACCGAAGAGUUUCUCAUGGGAGAAAUACCUGGAAGAGACAGGAACACAGGCUGCUCCUGCUCGGGCUUUCAAACCCCGACCUCCACAUGGAUUCCAGAUUGGGAUGAAAGUGGAAGCUGUCGAUAAGAGGAACCCCAUGCUCAUCCGCGUUGUAACCAUUGCAGACACAGAGGACCACCGGUUGAAGCUCCAUUUUGAUGGCUGGAGUUCAGAGUAUGACUACUGGGUGGAGACAGACUGCCCCGAUCUGCACCCUGUAGGGUGGUGUCAGAAAACUGGACACCCACUACAGUACCCUAACGGGUCCAGUGAUUUAUUGACUGCCCCAGGACAAGGAUGUCCUACCCCAGGGUGCAACGGGGUUGGCCACAUCAGAGGACCUCGCUACGGGACCCACUACACUCAGGUGAGCUGUCCUUAUUCUGAGAUGAAUCUGAACAAGGAGGGCUUGCUGCCAGAUCGCCUCAGCGGAGAACGACCUCUCACCCUCAGUGGACUUCAUCCUCGUGGGCGACGCCCCGAUCCUCACACGAACACUUCGACUCAGACCUCUUCACCGCCCGAGCAUCUUGAAGGAGCCGAGGACUCCCACAACAGGAAACCAGUGGCAGUGGAUGCUGAGCGUUUAGGGCGCAAUAGCCAGACUGAGCCACCAGGUGGAGUCAGUGAGCAGAGCCACAAUGGAACAAGGCCUAAACGGACUGCUCCAGUUCCCAAAUACCUGAAAAUGCACUAUGUUAAAGAGGAGAUUGGCGACAGUAAAGCCUCUCCAGAUGCCAUCUCUCUCCAGCAGGCCCUCCACGAGUCUGUGUUCUCCCCCGGCAUCUCUGCAUCACCCCCCCACCGGGUGGCUCUCUGCUGGGACAAACACUGCCAGCUGCUGCCCGAGGUCCUGGGGCUGACUGCCAAGAGAGUGGCCACUUGGAGCGCUGAGGAGGUGGCCGGUUUUGUCAAAGGACUCCCUGGAUGUAAAGAACAUGCUGCUACAUUUAAAACAGAGCAAAUAGAUGGCGAGGCCUUCCUGCUACUCACCCAAGCGGACAUUGUCAAGAUCCUGUCAAUCAAGUUAGGACCCGCCUUGAAGAUCUACAACUCCAUCCUCAUGUUGAAGAACGCGGACGAAGAGUAAGGCCUGACUCCACGAGGAAUCGCUCCCUCCUCACAAGUCCCUCAGCUCUGGUUUCAUCAACACUCAACUAAAGACAUUUGACACAAUCUGCUUCAUCUGUCGAUCUCUGCAACAAUACAGCGACAGAGGAGGAGGAAGCCAUCGUCUCGAAAACGUCCAUCUUGUCCCCCCAUCUCCUCUCCUCUCUCUGUGAUGGACAGCACUGGUCAACCUGAGGGAGAGUUUUACAUGAUAGUAUGAGGAUUCCUUAACUUAUAUUGUGUUUGUUUACCGAAUCAUUAAAAAAAAACAAAAAAAAAACUACGGCACCUUCAAGGGUUCUUAACAUUGUACAGUUUAUGAAUUGGAUUUAGUGUCUCCAUUCUGUUGCAUUUCUCCUUUUGAUUUAAACUGUAAUGAAAUGGUGCUUAAGCUCAGAGCAGAUGGAACAGUGUGUUUAUGCUUUGUUGCUUUUUACGUGGCAACAGAAUUUUUUUUUUUUUUUUUUUUAAAGCUGCAAAUACAAUCGUGAGGUGCUGAAAGGUUUUUAAAUGUGAAACCCGAUGGAGCAGAAGCACUAUGUAGUUCAGCUUUUCUCCUGUAGGUGGAGAAAGUGGACUGCUCCACAGGCUCAAAGUCAAGAGAGUUUUGUUAAUUUGAAGUUGGCUGAAGCUUAGAUUGAAUGGGGGAUGGUUAGAAUUUACUGUGUGUGUGUGUGUGUGUGUGUGUGUGUGUGUGUGUGUGUGUGUGUGUGUGUGCGUGCAGAUGUGACUAAGUGUGGUUGAGAAAUGAGGAUGUAACUUCCCAGCAGCCCAUGUGUGUUACUUUUCUGGUCAAGGGAUUGUUUUGUGACAAGCAGGGCUAAGGGCUAAUUGUUAAAUCAAGGAAACUCGCAGUCUUUUAAGGUGGAAUGAAACAAUGAACCAGCUCUGUUUGUCUCUAUCUGCUUAUUUUUGUGUCUGAAUAGCACAUGAAUAUGAAUGUUACAAAAAAAACCCACAGCUUUUAGUUGUUUUGUUAAUAUUGAUCAUCUUGUUUGGUUCAAAGAACCUCUUGUCAUUCACAUUGUAAAUAGUAUACAGCUACAAAAGGACUGUCCUAGCUUCCUCCGAGAGUUUACUCCUGCUUGGUUAUGCAAAGCCUUGACAUCUGUCUCCUGGGAAGGACAUUGUGACAGUGAACUGAAAAAAUGAGCCUCAGUUCAUACAUAGAUUUUGGGGGGAAAAAAACAAACAUUGUCAGUGUCUUUGUAAAUCCGCGUGCACUUCAGCAACUGUUUAUAUGCAAACAGCUUUUAUUUAUGUAUUCUAAUUUAAAGGGUAAUGGUACGCUGUUCUGGCUCUGAGGUAGCUUUGGCUGUUCGAUGGAACGUGUCAAUGGGUGAAAAUAAAUGAGAUGCACACUG